GAGAAGCUAGUGAGGAGAGGGGUGGACGCCUCAGACCUGAGCCACCCUUUCGCACUGGGCUAUCUCGCCUUGUCGCUGGAGCGCCUGCUGGGCUCCCAUCUCAUUCUGACCAAACCCGACCAUGCCCUUCCAUCCUCUCCGGGGAGGCCGGGAAGACUGGGCAGCCAACCGAAUUUGAGGCGCCGAAGCCCCUCUCAGGAGUUCUUACCCAGACUGAAUUCCCGAGGACUGUAUCUUACACUUCCCUAGUCUCCCACGUAACCUCCAGCCCAGAGCCCAUGUAGGGCUUAAGGGGAGGGGACGUGACUGAGACAAUGAACGGUUGACUGAGACUGGCACACUUGGUGUGAGGUUUGGGGGGAUGUUCUUGUCCACCAGGCCAUCUUCUGCCAACAUACGGUAGCUCCUCCCUCAGCUGAGCACGACUAGAUAGCAAGCUGAAGGCAUCCAGGGACAGAUGUGAGUGCCCCUUCCAGCCUUGAACCAUGGCCACACUGAGCAAGCCUAGUGAACGUUUCCAAUUAUCUGACUGGCACAAUAGCAACCACCAGCUUUCCUCUAAUGCUGAACAGCAGAGGGAUCCCUCACACCAGAUGAGACAGGAGUUCCGCAUUCUCCGUAAUGAGACCAAAAACCAGACCAUAUGGGAUGAACAUGACAACCAGACCCGCCUGUCAGAGCGAAUAGAUUCUGUUGAGCGAUGGAAGGAGACACUAGACAGAUGUCUAGCUGACCUAGAUACUGAGAUUGAUGCCUUGACACAGAUGAAGGAGGUAGCAGAGAGGGCCCUGCAGGCCAAGAACCUCCCAAUGGAUGUGGCCAUUGAGUGCCUAACACUGCGAGAGAGCCGGCGGGACAUUGAUUUGGUGAAGGAUUCUGUGGAGGAUGAGCUGCACAAGGAAGUCGAGGUGAUUGAUUGUGCCAAGGAAGCCCUGCAGCAGAAGAUCAGAGAGAUCUUUGAGCAACUUUGCCUUCUUCAAGAGGCAAGGCAGCAACUGAACUUUGACCAUCGAGACAAGAUGGAAGCACUAGAGAUAGAUCGAGCCUGCCUCUCACUCAAUGUUCACUCCCCCAAUCUCUCUCUGAAGGUCAACCCUACCCGCAUUCCCAACGGCUCCUGCACGAUACAGCAGUGGGAUGACUUUAGUCAAUACAACAAGGAACGAGCAGAGGCUGAGAGGAAGGCUUCUGCAGACCUGCGGGAAGCUACAGCCCUCACCAUAGCUGAGACUAACAAUGAAUUGGAAGCCCAGCGUGUGGCCACUGAAUUUGCCUUCAGAAAGAGGAUGCGAGAAAUAGAGAAGGCCCUGAAUGGGCUCAAGUGGCAGGAGAAAAGCACCUUGGGAGAAACUGUGGACUUUGAGGAGGAUAUCCGACAGGUGGAGGAAGAUCUAUCCAUAAAGAUGCGGAAUAUGAAGCUAGCACACACCAGGCUGGAUAUCCGAACAUAUAGGCCUAAUAUGGAGCUGUCCAGGGACCAGGUGCAAUAUGGGCUCACUAAUGAAGUGCAUCAGCUGGAAGCUAACAUCGCUACCCUGAAGCAGAAAUUGACUCAGGCACAGGAUACUCGAGGUAGCUUUUACAAGCACCUGGCCCGGAUCCAGGCUGACAUUGCCUGCAAAACCAACUCCUUGAUGUUGGACUCCAAGUGUUUGGACAUCCGCCGAAAGCUGACGGUACCAGCUGAGAAGUUUGUGCCAGAAGUAGAUACCUUUAACCGAACCACCAACCGCUAUCUGGCCCCACCCAAGAACCAGAAGCAGGAGCUGGCUCCACAUGAAGGGGCCACAGGAAAUGGGAAUGGGACCGGGAAUGGGACCAGGAAUGGGAUCGGGAAUGGGAUCAGGAAUGGGACCGGGAAUGGGACCAGGAAUGGGACCGGGAAUGGGAGAGUCUAAGUCUAAUAAAACAUUAGGUGUAAUAAUA